AUGAUGAAAACACCAAGCAAGGCCACGAUUCUUUCUUCACCAACAACACUCAACAAACAUCCAACAUCAUCAUCAUCCAAAACCGAAACCUCUAUCAGCACCACCACCAAUAACCAUGGAGUGAAAAGUCCACAACCGAGAUUUCUCUCUCCCACAGCAGCCUCCGCAGCCAGAAGAAAGGAAAUACUUUCAGCCCGAGCUCAACCACAACAACAUUCGCAUCAUCAUCAAAAUCCACUUGUAACUCCACCACGGGGUGGUAGUACUCACAACAAAUUGGUACCUUCCUUCUCCUCUCCACCCUGCUCUUCUUCCACUCAUUCCGUUCCUUCCAAACGAGGCACUCUUCUGUAUGAUCCAUCCAUCACUGCUCCUUCCACAUCGGCCUCUACUAAAACAUGUUCUUCAUCUUCCAACCGAAAGAAAAAUCCUCAUACAUCGUAUGAAUCCAUUCCAUUAGUACUUCAUAAGGACUCGUGUGUUGUUGAGGCUCCAAUGAUCAAUCAUGAUGAUGAUCAUAACUCUUCCAACCACCGAGCACGACUCCACUCACCAACCACACGAACUUGUAGUAAAGGAAUCCUCAAAUCUCCACCUCCACCUCCCAUUCAGCUCAUUCCAGAAGUGUAUAGAGAUGCCUGUACCAAUCUUCAUACAUUGGGAGUGUGUAGUCCCUCUGCAAGUCGAUUCUUCUCACCACCUUAUUCCCUGAAUCAUGCAGCGACCCAAAGCUUAUCAAACAACACAUUCUCUGUUCGGCAAGUCCAACAACAACAACCCUUUUAUAAGAAACAAGGUAAAUUCGGUACUCUCAUUCUACAGACCUCUCUUUCCAAGCUUACGAAGGGAAUAUUCCUCGAUAAGGAAGAGUAUUUGACCAUCGGAUGCUAUAAGGAGUGUAACAUUCGAGUGAAUCAUCGAUGUCUCCUCAAGUUGGAUCCCGAUUAUGAUGAACACGGAAAUCCGUGCAUGUUUUUGUGUGUCUAUGAGGGUGCUAAUCUGAUCAAGUUGAAUGGAGAAGUUUUGGAAGGAUUGUGGGAUGAUGAAGACAUGGAUGGAAUUUUACUCAAGCAUGACGAUGAAAUUCGAAUUGUUGACAAGUUGUUGUACUAUGAAAAUUAUGAGCAAUACGAAAGAGAACGUCUCUUGCUGUUGAAUGAAGUUGUUGCCACUUUACCAAUCUUCAAUGAUAACAAGGAAAAUAUUCCAAUAAUGACCAAAGAGGAUGUUGUGGCUCCAAGCACUCCAUCCAAGUCUGUCGUGUCACCAGGCAUAAAACAACAAACAUCAUCCCUUCUUCCACCUUCACUUGCUGUUGACGAUAAUGAAACCAUGAUGAGCCCUCCUUCGAAGAGUUUUGCAAAGUAUGUUGACACGCCCAAGAGGAAAGAUUCCAUUCAGAGAAAAUCCAUCUCAACACAGAGAAAAUCCACGACUCCUUACUCUUUCCAUGUGGAUGCUAUCAAUGUUGGUACACUCACAGUAGCUGCCAAUUCUUCUCUGCUUUUUGAUUGCUGUCCAGUGGAGAAUAAUAACAGCUCCAGCAACUCUUCAUUGAAUCAUCUUUCCAACAACCAACGUGGUAACACUUCAUACAAUACAAGUAGUGCUAGAAAGUCAGUGUCAUUCGGUGAGACAGACAUUCAAUAUUACAAGCCAAGUCAUGAGCCAAAGAGAGUAUCUGCGGCCAAUAGACUUGUCAUUGACGAUGAUCUAAUCGCCUUAUCCUCCCAAACUACAGACGAUUCUACCAUUUCGUUUGGAUGUGACAAUGAUACAACCUCUCAUACCGACGAUCUGACUCUCACCCAAAAUAAUAUUACUAGCCUCAGUAAUAUUUGUCAAAUUAUUCAUAUUCAAGGAGACCAACAGUGCACUGUACAACCGGUUCUUGAAGCUGGAAAACCACCUGCUACGUUUACUGUUCUUGACGCAGAUGUUGAUUCGCUUUUGGAAGAAUUUGUCAUCCCAAAGCCACAUGCUGCUUCCACGAAGAACGAGAACAAUUCCAUUGAGAACAAUGAGAAUAGCAAUGCAAUGGAACCCUCUCAAUCUGUAGGCAGACAUGGCGAGGAUGACAUGAUUGAAACAGAUCUACCCAAUUGCCAACCAGAACAUGCAACCUAUGAACACAAUACUGCUCAAAAUGAAGACAAUGUCUUACAUUUUGAAAAGAUGGAGCAAAAGGAUAAUUCUCUUGAAACAUCAACAGAACAAACACUUUCUGUGAUCGAGGACGAGGAUUCACAGGAUGCUGUUCCCACACCUCGCAGUGUUUCUUCGAGAGGAUCUUCUCAACGAAAGCGCUCAACUCCAGCCACAGAAGAGUCCGAGUCUGAUGCGUCAACAUCAUCCUCCACAUCAAGAAGCUCUUCUUUCUUUUUAGGAGACGACGAUGAAUCUUUUCUUAAUAUGAAUUUUUAUGCUCCUCCAAUGAAUGCAACCUUUGAAAGAAGAAAAGAAGAGAUAAUAGAACACGAACACAUUGAGUUAACUCUCGAUGAUCACUUGGAGUCAAAUGGAAUGACAGAAUGUGACGAAAAUGUGGCAACAAAUUCCACUGAACAAGAAGCAGCACUGGCAACUCCACCAAGACCACAAACAGCAAAGAGAGGUAGAGAUGAUGACUCAUCGAACUCGUCACCAUCCAUGAGAACACCAUCAUGCUCUGCUGAGAAGGACACCAAGAAGACCAAAGAAUCAGAUACCUCAGAAUCUGACAUGGCUCUUGCUAGCUCUGUCAAUAGAGUUCUUGAAUUCGAGUUGCCCAGUACGUACGAGACAUCUGAGUCUAGUGAAUCUUUACAAACAACGAACCAAAUGGAAGAAGCACUUGCUUCACAAGAGAGGAAUCACUUUGAGAAAGCACAAGACGAAGGGCCUGGCCAGACAAAUACCUCAGAUGUGGAAGUUGUUAAUGUGGUGUUGAAGAAAAAACCAACCAGACGAAGAAGAGCAAAGCAAGGAGAGCCUUCCAGUGCAGAAGAUCUUCAGGAACCAACAACGAAACCUCCAACAGACUCUACAAAUACUUCACCCGAGGCUUCAGUCACCCAAGUUCCAAGACGACACCGAAAAUUAAAGAAAUAA